AUGAUCGACCAUAGUUUCUUCCCGGAUAAUUCAAACGAUCGAAUUGAUUCGGCUCGUGUUCGAUAUCCUCAUUGUAUUGUUUGGACGCCAAUACCAGUUCUUACUUGGAUUUUCCCAUUUGUUGGUCAUAUGGGUAUUGCUCGUACAGAUGGCGUCAUUCGAGAUUUCGCUGGACCUUAUUAUGUAUCAGAAGAUAAUAUGGCUUUUGGUCUACCAACACGGUAUAUUCAACUUGAUCUAAAUCGUGUUUCAAAAACAGAAAAUUCAAGUAAUAUACCUACUCUUUGGGAUAACGCUGUUGAACAGGCAUCAGAUGAAUAUAAAAAGCGUAUGCACAAUCUAUGUUGUGAUAAUUGCCAUUCACAUGUAGCUAUGGCAUUGAAUAUAAUGGGUUAUGAUCGAAAAUAUACAUAUAAUAUGGUUUCACUUGCAAUUUGGAUGUUUUUCUGUGGAAAAUUUGUUAGUUUUCUUGAUUUUCUUCGUUCUUGGAUACCAUUUCUUAUUAUCGCGUGUAUAAUUAUUACUAUCAUUGUUGUUGUAAAAUUUCACACAUAA